AGAAAGUUCUCUCCUACCAUCUGAGUAGGUACUCCGUAUUCUCCUCCCUUCUAUUGACCAUCUUCCUUUCUAUUAUCAGUCUUUUUUCUAUCUUUUUACAGUCCAUACGGAGUGUCCAUCUAUCUACACGGAGUAUCCAUCUAUCUAUACGGAGUCUUGCUGUUCACGAUGUAUCCAACCACUUUCGAAGGUCUGCUCACCACCUCGCACUCCGACUGGAAGACCUUCACUAGAAGAGAGUUCACUCCUAAGACUCUCACCCCCCACGAUGUUGACAUCAAAGUCACAACCUGCGGCAUCUGCAGCAGCGACAUCCACACCGCGAACGGGGGCUGGGGCGACGCUCAUCUGCCUCUUUGUCUCGGCCAUGAGAUUGUAGGGACAGUCGUGAAGAUCGGAGAUAGAGUCACCACGGUGAAGCUCGGCGACAGAGUCGGCGUGGGUGCUCAGGCGUGGGCAUGUCUCGAUUGUGAAGUCUGCACUGCCUCCAACGAACAAUACUGUGAGAAAUACGUUGAUACGUAUAAUGGCGUGUAUCCCGACGGAAGCAUCUCCCAAGGCGGCCUCGCCAGCCACGUCCGCGUCCACGAACACUUUGUCUUCUCCAUUCCAGACAGUCUUUCAUCUUCUGCGGCCGCACCGAUGCUCUGCGCCGGGUUAACCACGUACAGCGCUCUGGUCCGGAACGGCUGUGGUCCGGGAUUACGGGUUGCAGUCGUGGGGAUUGGCGGAUUAGGCCAUUUUGCGCUGCAGUGGGCGAGGGCUCUCGGGGCGGAAACAGUGGCUGCCAUCUCGCGAUCCGGGGCGAAACGAGACGACGCGAUGAAACUGGGGGCUAGUGUCUUCAUUGAUUCGGCAAGGGAGGACUGGACGGCGGAAUGGAAGCGUGGGUUCGAUUUGGUGCUCAACACGGCCAACGUGGCGCACAGGGAUACCUUCUCCGCGUACCUGGAUCUGCUGGCUGUGAACGGGACGUUUCAUACAGUCGGGCUACCGGAGACCCCGUUGCCUGCCCUCUCUGCCCAGGACAUUGUCCUGCGUGGGAUCAAGAUCGGAGGUAGCAAUCUCGGCAGCCGGGUCGAGAUGCUAGCCAUGUUGAAGCUGGCGGGGGAGAAGGGGAUCGGGGCAUGGGUCGAGGAGAUGCAGGUGAAUGAAGGAAACUGUAAAGAGGUGAUGGAGAGGAUGCAGGAGAACAGGGCACGCUAUCGAUAUGCGCUGGUGGGAUUUGAGAGUUUUUUUGCAGUCUAGAUACUACUCAAGUAUAUGUAUAGUGAAUAUACUGCUAUCUCAGUAAUCCGUGCUCUCCAACUCCGC